CUUCCAUCUUUCAAGCCGUAAUGCGCACGUCCAUCGGUCAGCCUCCUUGCUUCCAACUGACACCUGCAUCGUCAUCGAGGUUCAGGACGAAAGAGACAUCGACGCCACCGGAAGCCUCAGAGGUGCCUGACGCUUUGAUUUUGGGAAAAGAAAUAUAGAUAUACCUUGUGUGUCGAUUCUCGGAAGAAACAUCGCCCUCGACUUCGCACCGCCAUGGCGCCACCGCCCGAGAUCGCGAUACCCUCGACGAGCGUCUCCGACGAAGGCUCGUCGAAGCCAUACACCCUCUACAACAUCAGCCUCCGCUUGCCGCUGCGCUCCUUCAUCGUCCAGAAGCGAUACUCCGAGUUCGACGCCCUGCACAACGCCUUGGUCGCCCAGGUAGGCGCUCCGCCGCCGCUGCCGCUGCCGGGCAAGCACUGGCUCCGGUCGACCAUCAACUCGCCGGACCUGACGCGCGAGCGGCAGCUGGGCCUCGAGAAGUACCUCCGCGCGAUCGCGGAGUCGCCGGACCGCCGGUGGCGCGACACGUCGGCGUGGAGGACCUUUCUGAACCUCCCGAGCUCGAGCACGAGCAACUCUACGGUGUCGGCGGCAGGUAUGGUUGGCACAGCGUCCGGCGUGACGGACCCGGGAGCGUGGCUCGAUGUUCACAGGGAAGUCAAACAGUGUUUGCAUGAAGCGCGACAAUGCCUUUCGAGACGAGACGGCGCCGCCGACAGCGGCAACUUCGGGGCGGCGGCCGAGGCCGCGGCCGCGGCCAAGAGGGUCCUGGUCAAGGCCUCCGGGCUGGUCAACAGCCUCUCCGACGGCCUGCGCAAGAUGCAGGAGGCCGGCAGGCUCGGCGAGGGCGAGAUACGGCGCAGGCGGGACCUCGUCUCGGCGGCCAGGAUGGAGCGGGACGGCCUCGACAAGCUCGCCAGCAGCAUGCCCGGGUCGGCGGCGGCCACCAGCCGAGGGGGCACGGGGCAGGUACAGGCCUCUUCUUCCAACAGAUCGAACCUACUGGGCUCACACAAGCCUACAACAUCGGGACGAGUACUGGGCGCCCCGUUGCCCGAGACGGAUCGGACGAGAGAACUCGACAACCAGGGCGUGCUGCUAUUGCAGAAACAGGAGAUGCAGUCCCAAGACCAGGCAAUCGACCAGCUGGCCGCCAUCAUACGGCGCCAGAAGGAGCUGGGCAUCCAGAUCAACGAAGAGGUGGAGCGGCAGACGGAGCUCCUCGACUCCCUCGACGAGGACGUCGACCGGGUCGAAGGCAAAGUCCGGGUCGCCAACCGGCGGAUUAAGAAGAUGUGACUCAUGACUGCUGUCGUGGCGCCGCUCAAGGCAAUGCUGCUGGCGAUGAGGGUCUUGGCUUACUGGCUUUGGGUUUUGCAGACGGUUGUGGACGGAUUGGUCUGGGCAUGGGAGUUUGUGAUUGUGAUUCUUGUUUCGUAAAAACAGUUGUUCUGGGCAUACACUUUAUUUUGCUUUUUAAUUCCGGGACAGAUGGGCGAUGUUGGUUGAGCGAGCAAGCGGAAACGUUGGGAAAGAGGAUUCACCAUUAUGCAUCAUGUAUUUCAUUUGCUCUUUUUGGGUUUUGAGGCGCAACACACGUUUUUGGGACUGGGAUAAGAGGUCAGGACGUUCAAUCGCUAUGAUAUCAGCUGUAACGAUACAU